GUGGUCGUCCGAGAGCUUUGCGCGUUGAGGUCUGGCGUUGCUCGUUGUCCGACUUUCCUUCCGUCUCCUGCACGACGUGCUGCCACAGCCAGCGGGCCACUCCUUGCUCUUCUCCCUCGAGUAUCCAGAGGCCCUCCAGAAGCAGAAGGCAGCUCUACUGCUCUGCAGAGGAGUGGGAUCCUUUCAGCCAUGAAGCAUAUGUUGAACCUCUACUUCUUAGGUGUGGUGUUGACCCUUCUCUCCAUCUUCGUUAGACUGAUGGAGUCAAUGGAGGGCUUACUGGAGAGCCCAUCGCCUGGGAGCAUCUGGACCACCAGAAAUCAACUAGCCAACACAGAGCCCCCCAAGGGCCUUCCAGACCACCCAUCCAGAGGAGUGCAAUAAGACCUCCUUCCACCCUGGCCAUGCCUUGGAACACUGACCUAAACACGUCCAUCCAGGUGUCCCAUUUCCGAGCAGGCAAGCUCAGAACACCAGUGUUAACCAGAGAACUAACUGUUACUAGGCCUUGAAGGGUCUGGCUGACUAAAUGCUCUUUGCCCUGUAAAAAAGAGCCUGCUUAAUACACAACCGUGGGUGGGUUGCCUGUGGCUUGGGAAGGAGUGAUCUCACUCUUCUCCCUAGGGUCUGCUGUAUGCUUUGCUGUCCUCGGCAGUGUGGGUCUGACAUCUCUCAGGUGGGGACUUGUGCUGCAAUUUCAGCUGUUGGGAGAUGGUGAUGUUUUCAGCCCUCCUUCCUAAACAUCUGCCAAGUGUUCUUUUGAACUUGGGUGUCUUAUGGUCAGUUUAUUUGGUGUUCAGCCUCUCUUCUGUGAGAGCUCCUGUGUUUGGAUAACAGUUGAAGAGGUGUGUGGGUUGGCUGUAGUGGGGGAAAGAUGGAGUAUUCAGUGUCCAGUUCUCAUUGUUUUAUAUUUCUAAGUCCUUCCUAUAACGUAGUGCGUAUGUGUGUGUAUAUUGGUCUGAAGGGUGGUGGGAUGAUAAAGCCUGCUCAGGAUGAUGGCCACCAUGUGGCUUAAAUGAAUUUUUCUAAUGCAAUAAAGUUGAAUAUAUAUUUCCA